GGUAGAGGUUAGGAAACCAAAUACUUUUAUAAGUUAUUUAUAAUAAUAUAAAUAUUUACAAAUGGGUUCCAAUAAAAGACACAAAACUGAAAAAAAUCGAGAAAUGAAGAAAAAACGUCAUCGAAGCCGUUCACGUUCAUAUUCUGCAGAACGUGAUAGAACAGAAAAACACAGACAUCACAAGAAGCAUAAGAAAAAAGAUCGCAAGGACUAUGAUAGCGAUGUGGAGAUCAUCGUCAGUGCUCCACCACCGCCAAAGAUCUCAAGGACAUCGCAACUCUCAACACCGCCACCACCACCCGAUAUUUCAGCAUUGAGUAAAGAAGAUAAACAUGCGAAUCAAAAUAAAGAAGAUAGAUCUAAUAAGCAAAAAAAAUCUCCAACUCCUCCAAAAAGUACGCAGUCACAAACAUCACUUUCAAUUGAAGAAACAAAUAAACUCCGCGCCAAACUUGGAUUAAAGCCUUUAGAAAUAGAUAGUGGUCCUAAAGAAGGUUCAGAUAUUAUUAAAGAUGACUUGGGAGAAUUUCGUCAUAAACCUGCUAUUAAUACGGCUGAAAAAGAACGAACGCAGAAAAUGAAAGAAAAAAUAAGUACAAUGAAACAAAAACGACAAAUUGAGCAUUCACUAGCUGCUACAAAGACUCUUGGUGAAAGUGAUUCAGAUGAUGAUACACUUGCAUGGGUUAAAAAGAAUAGAAAAAUUCAAGAAGAAAAAAAAAAAGCAGCUGAAAGAGCAAAAAUGUUAGAUCAAAUGGACGAAGAAUUUGGUAUAGGAAAUUUAGUUAAGGAAGAAGUUCAUAAUGAAAGGAAUAACGCAUACACUGAUAAAGAUUUGAAAGGUCUUAAAGUGGAACAUAAUUUGGAUAAAUUUCAAGAAGGAAGUUCUGUUAUAUUAACAUUGAAAGAUCAAGGAGUGCUAGCAGAAGAGGAUGAUGUUCUUAUAAAUGUUAACAUGAUCGACAAUGAACGUUAUAAAAAGAAUGUUUUAAUAAAAUCUAAAAAACCAGGUUAUGAUGCAUAUGAUGAAUGCCACUAUGACGAAUAUGGCAUGCCAUUAAAUAAUGUUUUAGAAAAAUACGAUGAAGAAAUUGAGGGAGAAAAACGUCAGAGUUUUGCUAUAGGUUUAGUUGAUGUAAAAGCAAUAAAAGAACAACAAGCUGCAAUUAUAAAAGGUCGUCUUGCUAAUAAGCGCUUAGAAAGCUUAGAAUUAGCAGAACCAAAAUUAGCAAGUGAAUAUUAUAAUGAAGAAGAAUUGGUUAAAUUUAAAAAACCAAAGAAAAAAAUUAGAAAAAUUCGAAAUAAAAAAAUUUUAAAAGCUGAUGAUAUUAUUCCAGAUAAUGAGGAUUAUUUAAAAGAUUUAGGAAGUAGAAGACGUCGUAAGAAAGAAGAAUGCAAAACAGAAGAAACAAAUGAAAUUUUAGAUAAUGAUGAUUUAGAAGCUCCAAAGGAAGAUCUUAGUGGUAUUAAAAUUGAAGAAGAAGAUCAUGAUUUGGAUAAAAAAAUAAAACAAAAAGCUGAACGUUUAAAAGGACCGGUUUUAUCUUUAAAACCUGAAAAAAUUGCAUUAUCAAUCAAAGAGGAAGUAGAGAUGUCAACAGAAGUCAAUACCAGUGGAAAUAUUGUAUUAAAUUCAACAGCAGAAUUUUGUAGAACGCUUGGAGACAUUCCAACUUAUGGACAGGCUGGUAAUCGAGAUGAAAAUAAUCAAGAAUUUAUGGACUUUGAAAUGGAUGAAGUUAAACAAGAAUAUAUAGAUGAUGAUGAUGAUGAUGAAAUGAAUGGACGAGGAGCUUGGAAUACUGUCAAAUUAGACCAAGUUUUAAUAGAACCAGCCGCCAUGGAAGCUGCUAUUUUAGAUGCUGAACCAUCGCUUGAUCAAGGCGUUGGUGGAGCUUUAAGAUUAGCCAUGAGUAAAGGCUAUCUUCAAAAAGAAGAUUCAAAUCGACCUUCAGCGUCUAGGUUUGCUCAUCUUAAGGCACAAAAUUAUUCUAUAGAAGAUAAAACAUAUGGUGAUGAUGAUAAAUUUGGAAGAAGGGAUAGAUUUAAUGGGCCCACUUCAGAUUUUAAAGAAAAAGAUGGUUUUAGACCUAAUGUUAAAUUAGAAUAUAUUGAUGAUGAUGGGCAUGUACUAAAUGCAAAAGAAGCUUUCAGAUAUCUUUCACAUAAAUUCCAUGGUAAAGGUCCUGGAAAAAAUAAAGUUGAAAAACGAAUGAAGAAGGCAGAACAAGAAAUUUUAAUGAAAAGAAUGUCCUCGACUGAUACUCCACUGGGCACAUUAACACUUUUGCAAGCAAAACAAAAAGAAACUCAAUCACCUUUCAUUGUGUUAAGUGGCAGUAAACAAAUGCAAACGGCUAGUAUUUCGAAAACAAAGAAUUAA